AUGGAUUCUAUCUAUUCCGAUGUAUUGUAUUUCCUAAAGAAUCCUUCGUUUACGGAGACAUUCGUCGACAUAUUACUCUGCGCAGUUCCGAUUUGGCUCGCCGUCAUGAUCGGUUUAUUAAUCGGAUGGUCAUGGAGACCAAGAUGGACCGGUUUGAUCUACCUAGGGUUUCGAUCUAAGCUUCGGUUUCUAUGGACUGCACCUCCUGGAUUUGGUGCUCGUCGUCUUUGGCUUGCUUUUACAGCUCUCUCUGCUUUCUCCGUUUGUCGUACCAUCUGGUCAAGGCGCGACACGACCGCCGACAAAUCCACGACCGGUUCAGCUUCGUCGCAGACACCUGGAGAAGAGACUCUUCAAACUGAUGAAACAAGAGAUGGCGAUAACACGACGGUGAAAGAAGAGGAUAUUGUGACAGAGAGUGAUUUAGAGCAUUUGUUAAAGUUGCUUGAAGUUGGAAAUGCAAAUAUGGAAUGGCAAUCAAUGAUGGAUAAGACGACUCCGAACAUGAGUUAUCAGGCUUGGCGUCAUGAGCCUGAGACAGGUCCUGUUGUUUAUCGCAGUCGAACUGUGUUUGAGGAUGCAACUCCAGAUAUUGUUAGGGAUUUCUUCUGGGAUGAUGAAUUUCGACCUAAAUGGGAUUUUAUGCUUGCCAACUUCAAAACUUUGGAAGAGGAUACUCAGACAGGAACAAUGAUUGUUCAGUGGAGAAAAAAGUUUCCCUUUUUCUGUAGUGACCGAGAGUAUAUCAUUGGUCGGAGAAUAUGGGAAUCUGGAAACAAGUAUUAUUGUGUGACCAAGGGAGUUCCUUAUCCAGCGCUACCAAAGCGUGAUAAGCCGAGGCGUGUUGAGCUUUAUUUCUCAAGUUGGAUUAUCAGAGCAGUUGAAUCUCGAAAAGGAGAUGGACAACAAUCGGCUUGUGAAGUAUCCCUAGUCCACUAUGAAGACAUGGGAAUUCCAAAAGACGUAGCAAAGUUAGGCGUCCGUCAUGGCAUGUGGGGAGCAGUCAAGAAGCUAAAUUCUGGUUUACGAGCCUACCAAACCGUUAGAAAGUCAGACUCGAGUCUAUCCCGGAUUGCCCAAAUGGCAAGAAUCACCACAAAACUAAACAUGGAUUCUGCAGAAUCAUCUACAAAUGACGAAGACAGAAGCAGAGCAAUGGACUAUGCAAGGAGACAACGGGACAAUUUGAGAAUGGACUGGAAAUGGAUUGUUGUUGGAGGUGUUGCAUUGGCUUGUGGCCUUCACACUGGGAUCAUUGGUAAAGCUUUACUAGCUGGAGCUGGCCAGAGACUUGCUCGUAGGUGA